AACAAAAGAAAGUAGGUAGUGAACCGAACUUAUGGAUAGGUUUGUUGCAUGCUAGCUCGCCUUGCCGUUGUUUGUAACCGGUUUCAGCCAACUGCAUGAAAAUGGUUUAACGUUACGUGAUGCUAACGGCUCAACAAGGUGCUCAUCCUCAUCGUAACGCGAGAACCAUAUUGUAAGCUGGUCAGCUCUUGUUAUUGUACGCUCAGCUAACUGAAGACCGUUAGUUUACUGGCUCAAUUAACGGCUGUAACAGUAAACAAUACAGGAGUGAAGCACGGCUAGCAUGAUGAUGCUCCAGCAUGGCUCCACACAGCUCCUCUGCCUCACAGCCAGCAGCGGGGUUCCUCUUUUCACAAGAGGAGCCUCCAAACAGCUGCCAUUCUCUGUCAUCGGCUCCCUGAAUGGUGUCCACAUGUUUGGAGGUGGUCAGGGUGUAGUAUUGUCCUGCUGUGAAACUGAAGGCGGGGGCAAAGUGGUGUGGAGGGUUUUCCAGGACAGCGUGAUGCUCAUCGCUGUGGGUGGAGGUGGACAAUGUGAUGUAGGCGGCGGCAAAGAGGAGGAGGUCCGUUUACAACGCCUCCUGGAGAAUGUGUGGAGCUGCAUGGUGCUGGUGCUGGGGCAGGAUGAGCUGACCAAUGUCAGGAAUGUUGAGAGGCUGAAGAGGGACUUGCGGUCCUGCUUCAGCCUUAUUGAUCAGCUGCUGGAGGAGAACCAAGAGGGCAUCCUGGGUAACCUGACACAUUGUGCUGAUUCACUGCUGCCUCCAAAUCCUACCCUCCUUCAAGAGGCCGUGGAUGGCUUUGCACAGGCUGCAGACAGUGAGUUUAGUUGCCUCACAGUCCAUGGGCGCAUUGCUGCAGCAACUGAGAAGUGGUGGCGCCUAGCACCGCAGGAAGUUGUGCUGCUCUCUGCUUUGAUCCGGUCCCUCUCAGCCUCUGGAUCAGCUUCUUGUGAUUACCCAGUUUUCCUUCCUCAGGGUAGCCCCACCGUGGCACACCGCCUGCUCCGUUUCCAGCUGCUCCCUGGUGCAGAUGUGUGCGUGCUGUGUGGCCCAACCCCUUCCCUGCACAGAGCCGAGAGUGGGGUGGUGGGGUCUUUCUGGACACCCCUGGUGGAGACCCUGAGAGACUGCCUGGCUGUUGGGGAACGCUGCUUACCAGGAUCCGUCCCCCUGCGCCCUGAUGUGCUGGCACUUCUUCUUAUCAACCGUGAAACACGUCGCUCAGUCUCCUGUGUGCGGACUCUCGCUAAUCAUCCACCUGGGGACCCUUCUUUACCCUCCAAGUCCCGUUGCUGGAAGCUACUGAAGCUCUUCUACAUCUUCAGCACGACACGCUACUUCACACAGGAAGAGACUCUGUGUGUCUCCCCAGAGGAGAGAGCUCAGAGAGGCAACACUGAGGACUUUGUCCUUGGAUUAUCCCACCAGCCAUUACAGUGCUAUCUUGUUACAGAAGAGUGCAAAAGUUAUGGUCUUCAGACACCACAGCACCAGCUCUUCCUGCUUGUCCCACUGUCAGUGCCCACCUUUGCACUGCGCACGGUGGCCAUACAGACUCUCUCUGAUAUAGUUGCAGCCACUGGGUUUUAAUUUAACAAUUCAUUAUGUUGCACCAUCUGAAUUUUGAGUUAACCAUCUCUAGACUAAGAAGUGAAUUGGCUGCUGCUUUUUAAACUUUACUUAAAUGUUUAUUGGUUAUUUCAAACAGAUUAAUUUACAUGUCGACUAACUGAUCUUGAGGCAUAAAAAUCAGCUUCCAUCAGUUUGUUUUUCUACAGAUAGAUGCACAAUAGAAAAGGGUAUUACUGUUAAUGGUCUCACAUGGUAUUUGUUACUAAACUACUGCUCAAGACUGACAAGAAUAUGAAAACAGUUGAAAAUGGCAUGCCAACGUGAACUGUUUUAGCUUUGUUUUGCAUUCAAGAGGUAGGCCACUGUUGUACAGUUGUGUCUAACUUCAGUGGGUUCAAGGCUGUCCCUGUCAAAGUAAUGGGAGCUGGAGUUAGACCUACUGAAUAUGAACAUUAUCACUAGGACUGCACUGUAUUUCAAAAUGUAUUAGAGAAUCAUGUAAAAAUGUUACACUGGGAUACCUAAGUGCCUGCUGAUUCUUGUUUUGACACUUAGGCAUUUGGCCUCAGAUCUUUUGUGGUUUUAAUGCUAAAUAUAGUUGGUUACUUUCUGUGGGUCUUUGAAUCUUUGAGUGAUUUAUUCAUAUCUUCCCCUUACGUUUAUGUUAAUGUUUGGCCUCUGCUGGUUAAAUGUUUCACAGUAAAACUUGAAUGCUGUGCGGCUGCAAACAGACCUAUAGUCUUUUCAGUGGUUUAAAUAUGAAUUUGAAUUGAACUGCUCUGCAAAGACAACUAGUUACAUUUUAUAUUUUUUAAUUUUUCAAAUAUGAGACAUUUUCUUAACAGCUAUGAGGUACAGAGAGUUUGUAAGGGAAUUCAACUUUAAAGGAACAGUUUAACCAAUUUUUCCUCGAGCCAUUUCGAUAUCUGCCUUCUUUUUAAUAUAUUAAGAACUAUAAGAUUAAAAAUUGGAUUUUUUGGGGGGCUUUUAAGAAGGAAAAGCAUCUAUUAGGAAUUUGGCUCAAUAACUCAUACUUACCAUGGAUGUAUUCCGAGCUACACAAAAAUCAUUGCAUCCUGUGAAUUACCCAAACUAUCUGUAGUCUGCACCACAUCAUUUCAUAAUUAUGGUGCUGGUGACUAUUGCCAAACACACCAUUAUUGAAUCAGCACUUCAUGCCAUGAUAAUUACA